UUUGUGUGUUGUCUGUUGCCAGUAACGCCAAGGACUUUUGUUUGGCGCCUUUACGGGGCCGGUCGGUUAUUACUAAUAAUUUUGUCACUUUCUUUCAAACAAAUACAAAUUUCUACGUAGUAAAAUGGGUGAUAAAGGAGACGGAGAAACCUUCGAUGAUGCGGUCGAGGAGAGGGUUAUCAAUGAGGAGUACAAGAUAUGGAAGAAGAAUACUCCUUUUUUAUACGAUCUGGUGAUGACACACGCUCUUGAGUGGCCGUCGUUAACUGCCCAGUGGCUUCCAGACGUGACCAGGCCUGAAGGGAAGGAUUACUCGGUUCACAGGUUAAUUUUGGGUACACACACAUCAGAUGAGCAGAAUCACCUAUUGAUAGCCAGUGUUCAGCUCCCUAAUGAAGACGCACAGUUUGAUGCCAGCCACUAUGACAAUGAUAAAGGAGAAUUUGGAGGUUUCGGCUCAGUAUCUGGCAAAAUUGACAUAGAGAUUAAGAUCAACCAUGAGGGAGAAGUGAACAGGGCUCGCUACAUGCCACAGAACCCCUGUGUUAUUGCCACCAAGACACCAUCAUCCGAUGUGCUGGUGUUUGACUACACUAAACAUCCAUCAAAGCCUGAACCAUCUGGUGAAUGCCAUCCUGACCUCAGAUUGCGAGGUCAUCAAAAAGAAGGAUAUGGUUUAUCCUGGAACCCUAAUCUUAAUGGCUACCUACUAUCAGCCAGUGAUGACCACACAAUAUGUCUGUGGGACAUAAACGCGACUCCUAAGGAGGGUCGCGUGAUCGAGGCUAAGUCUGUGUUUACGGGACACACCGCCGUCGUGGAGGACGUCGCGUGGCAUCUACUGCACGAGUCACUCUUCGGCUCCGUCGCUGAUGACCAGAAACUCAUGAUCUGGGACACCAGAUGUAACAACACGUCAAAACCGUCUCACACAGUGGACGCGCACACGGCGGAGGUCAACUGUCUCAGCUUCAACCCUUACUCUGAGUUCAUACUGGCCACCGGCAGUGCUGACAAAACGGUAGCGUUAUGGGACCUGCGGAACCUGAAGCUGAAGCUGCACUCGUUCGAGUCGCACAAGGACGAGAUCUUCCAGGUGCAGUGGUCGCCGCACAACGAGACCAUCCUCGCCAGCAGCGGCACCGACAGGAGGCUUCACGUGUGGGACCUGUCGAAGAUAGGCGAGGAGCAGACGGCGGAAGACGCAGAAGACGGUCCCCCCGAGCUGCUGUUCAUCCACGGAGGACACACCGCCAAGAUCUCCGACUUCUCCUGGAACCCCAACGAGCCCUGGGUCAUCUGCUCCGUGUCCGAGGAUAACAUCAUGCAGGUAUGGCAGAUGGCGGAGAACAUCUACAACGACGAGGAGCCCGAGACGCCGGCGUCCGAGCUGGAGUCCGGCGUCAACGUCAACCACGGGUAGGGGCCGCUACUCACACACGUUCUAUUGUAACUGCUACCACACUACCACUCUCAGUAUCCACACGAAUGUCUGUUGGGAACCAUGUAUUGUUACACGUUUUUAAAAUUUACCAAAAUAUAAGAUACUUUUAGCUCACUAAAUUGUGAAGAUUUAGAUAUGUACUUCAUCCAAGCACUCGAAUGUGACUGGUACUCUUCAAGAUAUCUCGAGGGGUGUUGCUAAUUCUGACUAUACUAUAAAAAUAUCUACAUAAUACAAGGAAAUGUAGUCAGAUAACGCUAGUAAUCAGUAAAAACCAAAUUCUACUGUAAAUUACAUGUAACUUCAACAGACAUUACUGUCAUACUUACUGAAAAGUUGUGAGAAAUCAGCAGGUAUUGUAAAAUGACCUCACAUACACUAUGGAAACUUCCGUAGAGCUCUUUCAUGCUCUGAAAUAAUCGAAACUCUGAUUUUCGUGUUUAUGCAUAAAUUACUGAAUGUGAUGUAUUACUUGUUGGAAAUUGCAGAUGAUGUUGUGUAACGUAACAAUUUACGAUCUAAUUGUAACAUUAUUAAAUUACCAAAGGCAAUAAAUCCCCAGUAUUUCUUUUUAAAGACUAAUUUCAGUUUAAACAAGUAAACUUAAUAAUAAAAAUCUUACAAACAAAAUGAAAUUAAUACAUUUCAAACCAAAUUCUUAUCCCAAUUAGGCUAUCAACUAAAGAAAAUGAAAGAGCUCUUAAUAAAAUAGUAAUUUCAACCUUAUGUCGUAUAAAAUAGAUGUAAAAAUUAAUUGGUAUGGUCAUAAGUACAUAAAUUGUACGAUGUUAGGAGUUAAGAGGUAAAUUGCUGCGAUAAUGCGGCAACAUUGUUAUUGAUUGAAAGAAAUUGGAAUAUUUUUGCAUAAUGAGAAAAUUCUUGUGUCCGAGGUACUAUACAGUUUAGUUGGUCUUGUGAGAUGGAGUCCACUCGGGAACUGUGCGAAUGUUUCAUUCGCCAUUAUAUAACCCUCUUUAUGUCCGGAUCUCUGACAUUCUCUGAUUUCAGAGGAAUUCCAAGAUUUUAGGGGAAAUAAACAAUUUGGUUGUGUACAAAAUUUUGCAAUAUAUAUAUAUUUUUAUUAGAUAUGAAAUACGCUAGGUACUGCAAGUUAAACCAGACUACCUGCCUGUAUUAAUGGCUGGAGUGUUUGGUUAGCGGCGUCCCUGGUGUGCUAGCAAGUGAGAUCAUAUAUUUGACACAUAGAGGGUUAUAACACUAAAUUACUAAGUAAUAGCUAGUAGGCUGUAAAUUUUGGAUUUUAUUGUGUUCCUGCAGUGGACUCGUCAGGAAACCUAGAUGUAAGUGGUUUGUAUGCACAAGAAUCUCACAGGAAACUGCUACAGUUGAAUCAUUUUAUAUUUUGUUUUAAAGUGAAAUUUUUAAUUAUUCAACGUGCUUACAAAUCACAAAAAUAACUGUUAAUGUCAGUAAAAUAAUACAUAGACACACUUCGCUAGCCGUGAGAUGUUAAUUCCAUUUUUAUUUAUUAUUUCUUAUCCGAUAAGUCACAUAGAUGGUUUUCUGUUGUAACCGUCAUUGAGAUAUCUCUAAGGGCCUCUUUCACAGCCUAAUUAUAAUCCCUGUAUCGAAUGUUCUAGACUAAACAGAUAUUAAAAUAAUAGUAGUGUAGUUUUUGAUAGCUUAGCUAUCAAUCAACUAUACGAAAAAUUUAAAUUCUUUGAUAUUCCGAUCGCUGAGCUAUCGAACUGUAGUGUUUUCAAAUUUCAUGAUCAUUGUUAGUAUAUCAGUAAUAGCACAAAGUGAAAGACGCUCUUACACUGGUGACGCGACUGACCGAGGGUAUUUUAUAAUGUUAAUGCAGUAAUGGAAUAAUUUUAAGCUCUGCUAAUUACCUAUUAUGAUUAAAAGUAUCGUAAUUA